AUGGUAAAGCAAGAAGAAUGCUCUGGAAGCUCUGAGGGUGCAGAAGGCAUUCGAGACGAAAAAGGAAUCUACGCCUCACCCUGGUGGUGUGGCAACUGGAUCCUUCUAUCGGAGAAUGAUGAUCAAUGGACGAGGAUCCCGCCAGACGUUAUAGAAACAUUAGAGACCGGUAAAGACGACCCAACUGACUCCGAGACGGAAUUCAACAAGAGAUAUGUCGCGUUGACACACCGUCUAGUACACAGAAGAGCCUGUAUUGAACUACACCGUCGACAGGCUAACAACACAUUCGAAAGCGAUAAGGCAGUGGUAGUGAAGCGUGGAAACGAAGAAUUCGGUUUCCGGAUUCAUGGGAGUAAGCCUGUCGUUGUAUCGGCCAUUGAACCCGACACUCCUGCCGAAACCUCCGGCCUAGAAGUCGGCGAUAUUGUCAUCGCUGUGAACGGGAUCAACGUUUUGGAUAAAACACAUUCGGAAGUCGUAAAGAUUGCCCAUUCCGGAUCAGAAAUACUCGAACUAGACGUAGCCAGGACUUGUGACGUGGUCGCCUCUUUGGCCCACGAAGGGGGUCCGGCGGCUCUGUACUCCGGGUACUUGUGGCGAGCCGCUCCCUUGCGCCCGCACCAUCCCCCGCGCUGGACCCGCCGCUGGUUCGUCCUGAAGAGGGACAACUGCUUGUAUUAUUAUAAAACGGAUUCGAGUAUACAUCCCGUUGGAGCUCUAAUGCUAGUGAACUAUCAGUUGACUGAAGAAGAUGUAGGUAAGCCUCACGGAUUCCGACUGCAGCGCGGCGGCGGCGUGAGACUGCAACUAGCCGCGGACACUGCCGAAGCGGCGGCUAGAUGGCGCGCAGUGCUGGCACAUGCCAUUGACGCUAGUAAUCAGCGAGACGGUUGGCUAGAGGUAACGAUGAGGAACAUGAAGCUUCCGCCAUCUUCGAUCCCGCGGCCCGACUGUUUCGGAUACCUAAUGAAACUUGGCUCCAAAUGGAAGUCCUGGGCGAAGAGAUAUUGCGUCCUUAAGGAUGCCUGCCUCUACUUUUAUAAUGACGGGAACAGCAAGAGCGCUUUCGGGAUGGCGUGCCUACACGGCUACAGAAUACAGACCUGCGCCCCGGGCGGAAAGAAAUAUGCAUUCGAAGUGAUGCCCACCGAACCUAAGCAAAGGCACUUCUAUUUCCAUACCGAAUCAGAAAUGGAUAGGAAAAGGUGGAUGGCUGCUCUGGAGUAUUCAAUAGACCGAUGGAUGAAAGCCGGUUGACGGAAACAGCUCGUUUUCAACGAAGUUUUUCACUAUUUAUAGUUUUCUUUCGAAUAAA